AUGCAAACAGAAGUCUCUCCUUCCAUCUCAUAUCCUUUUGUAGAUCUUGCUUCAGUGUCCUUCACCUUUCAGUACGAACUAUCUCUUGCUGUAUACAUUCACCGAAGUAGCUUUCAAACUUGCUGGGAGGUUUUUCCUCGUCUCCUGCCACAAUGACAAGCAGUAUCGAUGAUGUCCUUGGUGCGUAUCUGGGAGCAGUUGAGGACUACUUCCGCCUGAAGGGAGAGCUAGAGGACGUUAUGAAGCAGGGCUACAUGGAUAUAUCGAAGGCACGCUACAUCAUGGGAGUGACAUCUGUGUCACCAUAUCAGUACGACAAUGACAUGACGGCCACGGCUGUCGUCACUGUAGAUAGCAGUAACAGCGUGGACAAUGUUAGCUUUGCAAUUGACCGUCACGGCAAGGCAAGUGGAGGUGCUGGCCAGGACCAGGAUCUCUCGUCGGUGCGUGACAGCACGGAAACUGGUGUGCGCCGCCGUCACAAAGGCCAAGCGCCAUCGGCCGAGGCAGACGGUGAGCCCGCAGAUGAGCAAGAGCAAUCACAGGAGAGCAGCGCCGAGGCAGCGCAGGCGCACGCCAGGUCGUCCGACCCGCUCCGUUGGUUCGGGGUGCUGGUCCCUCCAUCACUGCGCUCCGCUCAGACAUGCUUUGUAGAUGCGUUAGGCAGAGCAGCUCAGUUGGCAACACUGCAAGCCAAGUGUGAUCGGCUUCGACACCAGUAUCUUGCCGAGAAGGCCGACAGUUGUAGCAGCUAGGUUGGUCAAUCUGAAAGGCGAACGUGUCACUAGUCCGUGCAGUGUAUGCUUGUGAGUGCUGCCAGAACAUGCAGGUCUCGCACGCGCUGGCUGUGGUCCCUUUGCUACUGCUGUUGUGCUGGCUUUGCCGCAGCAUAGCAGUGCAAUCACCAUGUGGCCUAGGGUUUUACAGUGCUCGACGCGGCUGUUCAGCUCCCUUCGCUGUGCGAUAUAUUUGCGGAGUGUAGAAGCGGCUGCUCCACCGGGGUUGCUUUUGUAUUCUUGGCAAGCCAUUACGUGGGUGAAUGCGGAUUCCAAUGCUGGCGGCAAUACUGGUAGCCUGAUCUCUGGUGUACCACACUACCCGGUGAUGUUUGCGAGUGCUUGCGGAAAGCCCUUUGCUAGUAUUUCUUUUCUUCCUUCUUCACACGUCUCUGCACACAUCAGUGCUUCUUUUAGGUAUUAUUAGAGGGAGAGAGGGUAUUGUGGCAAUUUUAAUUUAAUAACAUAUACUUCGAACUGUUUUUCCUCAGAUUUCAUCGACUAGCAGUAUUAGUAAAGAGUGGCUUCUCGAGUUGUUUUGCUCGACCAGACUAAACCCGAACAUCUCUUUUACAUGAAAGAACAUGUCACUCAUUAUUCCAGUGAUGAUCAUGUUUGAACAAUCGUACUUCUUAGAUAAGUACGUUCAGAAAGUGGUGAAUCAUUUUCAACAUCAUUGAUAAAAGAUUUUUCAUCUAAAGAGUGAAUAGCAACUAAAUAGAGCGGUUGUCAGUUGACAAACCCCCUUUUUAUUUAGAUUAGUACGCUAUUAUAUUUUUAUCCAGUGAAAGACGAGGUGGACUUCAUCAAGCUCGUUAAUUUCUCAA